AUGGUUGAAGUAACUAAGAAAAAGCCUAGCAAAUCCCUAUAUGCAAAAGCCACGGAUACUGGUAUUGAUCCCAAAGAGGCCGCAAAAAGACUCAACAUUGAUUGGGAUUCAGCUGCUGAAAUUGAGGACAUUGAUGUCAGUGAUGACACUGAAGUGCCUCCAGCUGUGGGAUAUGGAGCACUGUACUUAGUGACAGCAUUUCCAGUCAUCAUCGGUAUCUCGGUAGUGUUGAUUCUCUUUUAUAAUUCUCUCCAGUAA